UCGCAACAGCUUUCGAGAGAGGCGAAUUAGAUCGGUCACAGCUGCGGCGAUCGGCCAUUUCGCAACCAUUUCGCAGCCCGAAGGCCCUGAGGCUCAGGGCGGACUGAAUGGACAGCAGGAGCUCUAGAGAGGCUCUCUGCGCAUCAAUGCACCAUCCAGCUCCUGUAAGCCGACACAAGUGACACCGCACGAGCCCUCCCCAUUCACGACUUUGUUUGUCUGAAUAUCAGCAGCAGCAUAGCAGCGACGUUCGGAAAAUGUCACACUCAUCGCAUGAUCAGGCUCUGGCCGAUCCAGGGGCUGUGUGCGGGCGCAUGGCGUCCCUCAGUGGGAUGGGCGUGACGGCACCAACGCCUCCCAGACGAGGCAACAAACAUCCGGUGAGAAAAAGAGAGAGAAACGACUGUAGGUGAUGAGGGAGGGAGAGGGAGCUGUGCCAUCCAUGUGUUGGUUGCAUGGUCGGCUUGUCAGAUUGGUGCGUCGUCGGUAGACCCACAGCCGGCCAAUCCCCACCCACUGCCUCCUAAGAGGGCCGCUUCAUACACCAACGGAAUCGUACGGAGAGAGAGGGGGAGAGGGAGACGGCCCCAGAUCUCUCAGUUCAAUGUCUGUUCUCUGCAGGCAUGUGCUGCCCCGACUGUGCACAAGGUUGCGAGCGACCCCUGUGUGGUCCGUGAGGGCAUCGUGGGCGGCGCGGGCUGCAGCGGCCGGUGCAACACCAUAUCCACCACCAGCGACGUGCACAACGAGGUCGCCCCUCCCGCCCCUGCCGGCAGCAGGAGCUUCGACAGAGACGAGGAGAGGACCGGCCCUGUGCACGUCGCCAAGGCGCUCAACCUGGACCUCUCCCGGAUGGCCAGCGAGAAGGACACCAAGGCAAAGGCAAAAGCAAAGACAGACGCCCAGCAGCAGCCGGAAAGGUAAGCAGACAGGCGAGCGAGGUUUUUUUCCACUCACUGUGGGCCUUUCCUUUCUCUCAGUCCGAAGGCACCACCCAAGCCCCCCCGGCGUCGCAAGAGCUCCACGCGUUCCCCCUCGCCCCGCAAUCGCGGCCCUCCCCUGAGCAAGAGCAAGACGGCCUGCGCCAAGAAGGAGUGCGAGAAGGCCGACAAGGAGACACAGACACCGCGCAGGAGCGAAUCGCAGAUGACGCCACGCAGCAGCCGCACCCGACCACCUAUCGUUCCACACAUUCCUUUGCCGCCUCGCCGGUCGCUCACGGAUCGUAUGGCUGGCGACGGGAGCCAGGGGGCCUCGGCAAGGGAGCGGGCUGUGGGCGGAGAGAGGGAGGGGAGGGACAGAGGGGUCGGUGACGACGGGAGCUCGCCUCGUUCUUUGGUUGAAGGUGAGAGGGAAGAGAGGGAGGGGUGUGGCGGUCGAUGUGUCAUUGUGCUGUGAUGUCUUGUGUGGUGCAGUGUCAGGUGGCCGCAACACGCGUGCCCGCAGCGCUGACAGGCGGCCGAGGGAAGACGAGGGCUCCUCCGUGUCUCCCUCACACGCCGCAACGCACCGCUCCUCGCGUCAGCCCGAUCAGGACAUCCUUGCUCAUGCCCGGUCAGACACAGACAACACGCGCAUGACACACACCCCCACCCACAUGUCUCCGUCCCCCGCAGGAUCCGCCGCGACCUUCGGAAGCGGCAGCUGGAGGAAGAGAGCCGACGCGACCUCACCUUUCGGCCGCAGGUCAACCCCUCCGAGCACCUCCUGCCCACACACGUGACGCUAACCUCGCCCCCGCCGCCCUCCGCUCUCCCCUAUCGCCCGGCCGACAUGCCAUUGGCUGGCCUCGUCCGGGUGGAUGACCUGAACGUCUUCAACCGGCUGUAUUCCUAUUUUUUGCAGCAGAGGGAGAUGGAGGCGGAGGCCACGCAGCAGCGUCAGGGCAACGGAAAGGGCGAUGGCAAGGGCCGCAAGUGGGAGGACGUGGCUAUGGCGAGUUUCUUGCUGCAUCGGCAGGCCGGCGAGAGGGAUGAGCGGUCAGAAAGGCGGCUACGUGUGUGGGUUGUCUUCCCAAAGAGACAUGACUGAUGGCGCGUUCGUUUCUCUUUCUGUCUGUGUGUCCAGGUUGCGUGAGGCCCGGGAUCGCGAGAUGAAGCGGAUGGCUGACCGCCAGAAAGCCGUUCUCCGUGUGCAGAAGAAAUCCAAGUCCUACUACCAAUUGGCUCUCGAGAAAGAGGUCAGCUUCCCCCCCUCCCCAAUCUCCCUCUCCCUCUCGCCUUUUGCAUGUUGUCGAUGCGUGCAGGUGAUGGAGGCGUUGCGUCUGGCGAACCCCGGCAGGGCCGACAGGGUCCUGACCCGCGAGACGCUGGAGUUUUGCCUGAUACAGAUGAAGUGCAUCAGCCUGCUCACGCCAUGCUUCGACAGCAAAUCAGCCGAGAAGCGGCUCCGGAAGAGGCAGCGAAUGCUGGACAACCUGUGGAGGUCAGACACAGGGAGGCAGGGAGGGAGGGAGGGGAAGCCUAGAUCUCUAUACCUCUCACACACACACUCUCUCUCUCUCUCUCUCUGUCUCUGUGUGUGAUGCCGUUCAUUCAGGAUGCUUGAUUUGUAUGGGCUUGGCUGGGUGGAAUGGGUCACGAUGGUCGUGUUUUUCCAAGUGCUGAUGGGCGCGCACUCACCAGAGUUUGAGGACAACAGGGGCUGGCAACUCCCACCACAACCACGCCCCCAUCCCCCGGCAGCAGCAGCAGCGGCGGCAGCUGCGCAGCCCCAGGAGGGGCAGGAAGGACAGCCCCAGGACGGCGGCUCAGAGCCACCCCCACCCCCACCUCCGCCCGUCCCCGCCCCGAUUCCAAAAAUCGGAUCGUACCAACAUAUUCGUGAAUUGAUGACGCGGUAAUCCAGUUAGUCAACGAGAGAGACACAGAGGGAGGGAGGGACGUCAGCAAGCCGUCUUUGUCCCUUUGUCCGCGUCAUGCACGCAGGUUUCGCCAGAAUGCGCUGCGGCGGGAGUUUCGUGAGCUGUUCCACCACCGUCUGUCGCACACCAAGGCCAUGGCAGCCAAGGCACCCAAGGCAGCCGCGGCAGCCACGGCAGCCAACAAGGCGGGCAGCAGGCCGCAGACCGCUCGGACGCCGCCGACCUCCCCACGGCUACUCUGCGCCGCCCGGUCGAGGCCCGCGCGACACAUGCAGGUACACAGACCACACACAGACCCACUCGUGUGUGCACUGAUUUGUCUGUCUGUCUAUCAGCGCCAAGGAGACCUCUCACCCCCAAUGGCCGUGGCUCGCUCCUUUCCAAUACCAGAGCAGCAGCAAUACCACAACCACCACAAGCAGCCGAUGGGGCAGCAGCAGGUGCCGAUACAAGAGGGCGGCGGUAGCGGCCAGUAUGGGCAGCAUGAUGACGAUGAUGGCCACCAUGACCAGUAUGACCAGCACAUCGACGAUGACGACGACGACGGCUCCUUCUCCCUGACCUACUCUGAGUCUGAGGACGACGGACAGCCCGAGGGAGACGAAGACGGAGAGGAGGAACAUGAGACACACAACCACCAUGAGCAGCAGCAGGAAGACGUGGCGAUACUCCUCCACGACAACCGGCACUCGCUCAUGUCGCAGACUUCACGGUACACACGCGGCGCAGAGAGAAAAGGUCCAUAAGAAUCGAGGCUGGCUGUCUGUGUGUGUCAGGAUAUUGGCCGAGCGGCGUAUGCAUCGCGAGAUCGACGAGAUUCGGUCGGCCGAGCAGUCGCCCCCCUCGUCCAACGAGGAGUCGCCCAAGUCACGCAAAUCUGGCGACCCAGCAGCCUCUGGCACUGCCCCAUCCAACAGCAACAACCAACACGCAAAGGCACGCACACGCGCCGCCACACAUCCCGAGAAGAAGACCCGGAUCCACCUGCAUAUGUCUCUCUCUCUCUCUGUGUGUGUGUGUGUGUGUGCGCAGGGAGCCACCAUGACGGUAGCCGACCUGCUGGAGUGGCGGAAGCGCAAGACAGAGAUGCGGCUGCAGGCCUCCCGCCAGCAGAAGGAGGCCGAUCAGCUCAAAGGCUGCUCAUUCAGACCAAAGCUCACACCCUAUCACGCACCCGGCGGGCACACCCACCCCCACCCCCACAUCCACACCGAGCAGCCCAUCAGGAACAGCGUUUCCCGGUUGCAACGAGACGCGGCUCCUGUUGUGUCCCGCCACGACGAGCUCUACGCCAAGGCCAUGUCUCAGCAGCAGAGGCGGCGGGAGAUGUGUCAGCUGGUGCGCACGGAGCGGGCCCAGAGGGAGAUGGAGGCCUGCACCUUCCGACCACAGAUCAACCCGUUGCCACAUGACAAGAACCGGCCAGCUGCAAAGACUGCAAAGAUCAACAGGCCCCCACUCAGCAACAACACCAACGCUCACUCGACCCGACAGAAGGCCACAGGCCAAGCGCUUGGCCAGAAACGCGUCGUCCGUGAUCAGCGCAGAGUGGUGUCUCGCGAGGAGGAGAUGCCUCCUAUCACGCCCAUGCCCACACCCAAUCCGGCCUCUCCUGAGCACCAGCAGCGCCAAUUCCAUCAGCAGCAGCAGCAGCAGCAGCAACAGCAGCAGGUCUCCCCUCCCCGGUCCCCUCCCCACUCAGCGCGCCUGCGUGACAUUCCUGAUCAUGAGAACCAAACCAGUGACCCAGACAGCCACGAGACGCCGGCUCCUGCAGACGACGACAGGGUGCCCGUUGGCGGCGAUGGCGGUGGCGGUGUUGGUGGUGUUGGUCUGGAUGGUGCAGAUGUAUACGGGGUGGCUGGAGGCGCGGCGAUGCGGCAGCUUCUGCAGCCGGCGUCUCUGGGUGAGACAGCAGCGCGGGAGGAGCCCCAUGGCGUGGGGCAGCAAAUGCCUGACGGACUCGACAAGGACACGGCCGACGAACACACGCAGAGUAGGCAACGGAGAGAGACACUCAAUUGACAACCACCACCACCACCACCAUCUGUCAGCUCUUCUGUCUUUCUGUCUGUCUGUCUGUCUGUCUGUGUGUGUGUGCAGAGCAGCAGCCUGUUCCGCCGCCCUCUUCGACUCAGGAGACGCUGUCGCCUCCCUCUUCCCUCCCGUCGUCCCCCUCCUGCCCACCCCCGCCGGCUCCCGUGUCCGAGGCAGAGGCCCUGCUGCUGGUUGAUGUCAACCUCGCCGCUGACACGCCCCCACAGCGCAUGGUCAUUCGCUACGGCGACGACCCACAACUGGUGAGUGAGUGAGCCUCACAGACAACAAAGGCAGCAAGGAAGGAGAGAGGGAGGAGACACAAGGGUGUGCACAUGACAUGUGAGGUCCGUGUGUGCGGUGGAUGGAUGGAUGGAUAAAUCAGUUGGCCCGGCGCUUUGCCGUCGAGCAUGGGCUGCGUCCCGAGUACGAGGCCAAGCUCCUGGACUUCCUCCGUGCGCAGAUCUACCAGUUCUACCAGCCCACAAUGCAGGCAGGCGACUUCUACAGCCCACAGGCAUACCCACAGCAGCCAGGGCCGGCCCAGCACUCGGGUGCGGGGCACCUGGCCACGGUGCCUGAGGAGGCGCCUGAGGAGCAAGAUGAGGAGGUGCAGCAGGUGGUGGAGGGGUGUGCUGAUGGUGGUGAGCAGCAGCUUAAGGGCAUGAGACGCUGCUCAUCGGCGUGAGUAGCCAGCCAAUCGGUCAAGUGAGUGAGGGGGGAGGAGACGUCCGUCUGUCGGUGUUUGUUUGAGAGCAUCCGAUCCCUGUGCAGACUUUUGUACGUGUGUGAGUGACUGACGAGGGAGGAGACGUCUGUCUGUGUCGGUGCGUGUCGGUAUGUGCCUGCAAGAAUGAACG